CGGCCCCCGCCCGCCUGCCCGUCGCCCCCAUGGCGCCCGGGGUCCCCACUCUGCGGGGCCACUAGGACCCUCGGCGUCCCCUCCCCUCCCCCGCCCUGCCCCCUCUCCCGCGGCGCGAACCCGGGCGUCCCCGGCGCCCAGCUUUUGAGCUCGUGCCCCCAGUUCGGCCGGGGGGGGGAGGGGAAGAGAGGGGACCCCGGGACCCCCGCCCCCCCCACCCGGCCGCUCCCGCCCCCAGGGACUGGGAGAAGAUGUCUUCGCGGACGGCGCUGGCCCCGGGCAACGAUCGGAACUCGGACACGUCACUACAGGAAGUCACAGUCCAGGGGCCAAAUUCUGCCUCUGCCAGCCGGAUUGCUGGGUGACCUCAGGCAACUGGUUCUCCCUCUCUGAGCCUCAGUUUCCUGCUCUGGAAAAAUGGGGGUUACCUAGAGACGAGACGGAUGAGCCUGGCAUGUAGGGAGCGCUCACAGCACGGCACCCUGGGCAGUGGCCGCUCCUCGGACAAAGGGCCGUCCUGGUCCAGCCGCUCCCUGGGUGCCCGCUGCCGGAACUCCAUCGCCUCCUGCCCCGAGGAGCAGCCCCACGUGGGCAACUACCGCCUGCUGAGGACCAUCGGGAAGGGCAACUUUGCCAAAGUCAAGCUGGCUCGGCACAUCCUCACGGGCCGGGAGGUUGCCAUUAAGAUCAUCGACAAAACCCAGCUGAACCCCAGCAGCCUGCAGAAGCUGUUCCGAGAAGUCCGCAUCAUGAAGGGCCUGAACCACCCCAACAUUGUGAAGCUCUUCGAGGUGAUCGAGACCGAGAAGACGCUGUACCUGGUGAUGGAAUACGCCAGUGCCGGAGAAGUGUUUGACUACCUCGUGUCACAUGGUCGCAUGAAGGAGAAGGAAGCUCGAGCCAAGUUCCGACAGAUCGUUUCGGCUGUGCACUAUUGUCACCAGAAAAACAUCGUCCACAGGGACCUGAAGGCCGAGAACCUCCUGCUGGACGCCGAGGCCAACAUCAAGAUCGCCGACUUUGGUUUCAGCAAUGAGUUCACCCUGGGCUCCAAGCUGGACACGUUCUGCGGGAGCCCCCCGUACGCCGCCCCGGAGCUGUUCCAGGGCAAGAAGUAUGACGGGCCGGAAGUGGACAUAUGGAGCCUUGGCGUCAUUCUGUACACCCUCGUCAGCGGCUCUCUGCCCUUUGACGGGCACAACCUCAAGGAGCUGCGGGAGCGGGUCCUCAGAGGGAAGUACCGGGUCCCUUUCUACAUGUCAACCGACUGUGAGAGCAUCCUGCGGAGAUUUUUGGUGCUGAACCCAGCGAAACGCUGUACUCUGGAGCAAAUCAUGAAAGACAAAUGGAUCAACAUCGGCUACGAGGGUGAGGAGCUGAAGCCAUACACAGAGCCCGAGGAGGACUUUGGGGACACCAAGCGAAUCGAGGUGAUGGUGGGCAUGGGCUACACACGGGAAGAAAUCAAAGAGGCCUUGACCAGCCAGAAGUACAACGAAGUGACCGCCACCUACCUCCUGCUGGGCAGGAAGACUGAGGAGGGCGGGGACCGUGGCGCCCCGGGGCUGGCCCUGGCACGGGUGCGGACGCCCAGUGACAUCCCCAACGGAACGAGCUCCAGCAAAGCCACCAGCCACAGCAAAGGGCAGCGGACUUCCUCCUCCACCUACCACCGCCAGCGCCGACACAGCGACUUCUGUGGCCCAUCCCCUGCACCCCUGCACCCCAAGCGCAGCCCGACCAGCACUGGGGAGGCGGAGCUGAAGGAGGAGCGCCUGCCCGGCCGGAAGGCGAGCUGCAGCGCCGCGGGAAGCGGGAGCCGGGGGCUGCCCCCCUCCAGCCCCAUGGUCAGCAGCGCCCACAACCCCAACAAGGCUGAGAUCCCCGAACGGCGGAAGGACAGCACGAGCGCACCUAACAGCCUUCCCCCCAGCAUGAUGGCCCGCAGAAACACCUACGUGUGCACAGAGCGCCCGGGGGCUGAACGCCCUUCCCUCUUGCCAAAUGGCAAAGAAAACAGCUCAGGCACCCCACGGGUGCCCCCCGCCUCUCCCUCCAGUCACAGCCUGGCUCCCCCAUCAGGGGAGCGGAGCCGCCUCGCCCGCGGCUCCACCAUCCGCAGCACCUUCCAUGGUGGCCAGGUCCGGGACCGGCGGGCAGGGGGCGGGGGAGGCGGGGGUGUGCAGAACGGGCCCCCAGCCUCGCCCACCCUGGCCCACGAGGCCGUGCCCCUGCCCACUGGGCGGCCCCGCCCCACCACGAACCUCUUCACCAAGCUGACCUCCAAACUGACCCGAAGGGUCCCAGACGAACCUGAGAGAAUCGGGGGACCUGAGGUCACAAGUUGCCAUCUACCUUGGGAUCAAACGGAAACCUCCCCCCGGCUGCUCCGAUUCCCCUGGAGUGUGAAGCUGACCAGCUCGCGCCCUCCCGAGGCCCUGAUGGCAGCUCUGCGCCAGGCCACGGCGGCCGCCCGCUGCCGCUGCCGCCAGCCACAGCCAUUCCUGCUGGCCUGCCUGCACGGGGGUGCGGGCGGGCCCGAGCCCCUCUCCCACUUCGAAGUGGAGGUCUGCCAGCUGCCCCGGCCAGGCCUGCGGGGAGUUCUCUUCCGGCGUGUGGCGGGCACUGCCCUGGCCUUCCGCACCCUUGUCACCCGCAUCUCCAACGACCUCGAGCUCUGAGACGCUGUGGCCUGGGUCCCUCCCCUGCUGCUCUGUUGCCCCCUUUGCUUCCAUAGGACGGGCAGGGGCAGGGAAGGGCUUCUCCCUUUGUCAUUGCCUCGGUUUCCCCGAAGUAGGUUUUGGAGGCAGAGUGUUCUCUCUGCCCUUCUGCAGGACUGAGGGAAGGAUGGGGCGGGAGGAGCUGGCGCCUUCCCAGAGCCUCCUGCCGGUCUUGUCCCCCUGCCUUGCCCCACCGUGGGGCAACUGAGGAGACUUUGGGGGCAGGGCAGGGGCAGGAGGGGACACUGAGGAAACCCUUCCAUCCCUCACAGCAGCUCAAGCAUUGCUCCUUGGGCUGGGGUGGAGAGAGUUGCUGAGCCUAAAGACUGGGGAAUUUGGCGGACUGUGAGUGGGGGUCAGAGAGGCAAAUUCCUUCCCAUCCCCCCUCCCUCUCCCUCAUGCUCGAACCCCCCCUUUCUGCCCCAGGCUGGCGCGGGGCACUUUGUACAAAUCCUUGUAAAUACCCCCCACCCUCCCUCUGCAGAGGUCUCUAGAGGUUUUUAAGUUAUUACACUCCCACUCUCCUGUCCAGCCCCCUCCCCUGCAGCCUGGUGCCCAAUAAACUUAGGAGAGUCUCCCCCCUCCCCCCAACGCGGAACCUGGGGUUCUCCUUCCCUAUCCUUCACCCGCAAGGGAGACAAAGAGGAGAUGUGUGGCUUUGGGCCAAUGAUUUCUCCUUUCUGAGCCUCGGUUUUCUCAUCUGUAGAAUGGGAGCAGUGGGGGGAUGAAAGUCAAGGAGGAUCAUGGGAGAGGGCAGGGUGGAGCUCUGCCUCCUCCGUGGGGCCCCAGCUCUGGAAUUGGGACGCCCACCAACCCACCCAUACACACACCCACCCAUCUGCCCAUGUUACACUGGACUCGGCCACUUCUUACUCCAGUAGUGCAUUUAUUCAAUAAAUAGUCAUUGACAGGUGCCGACUCCGUGCCAGGCCCAGUGCUGGAGACAUGAGGACCCUCUGUCUGGGGGGGCAUGAAUUCUGGCACAAUUGCUAGAAAAACAAAUUCCCUGGGGCACCUGGAAGAGGGAGUGCAGGCGGGUUGGAGAAGAUUUCACAGGAAUGUAUGCUGGAGUUGGGUUUUGAAGAAUAAGUAAGAGUUGACCAGGCAUUGAGUAUGACCUGAACAAAACCCUGGAGGGAGGGGGUGCAUGGUAUAUCUUCAGAGAACUAGGGGUAAAUUCAGCAUGGCUAUUAGGUUGUAAGCAGGUAGAGGAUUGGCUAGAGGAAUGCCAUAUUAGGACUAACAAUUAUUCUAUACUGCUUUAGCAAAAAGAAUUGGUGGCUUAUGUUACAAGGGUGCCUGGCUUCAGGCAUGGUUGGAUCCAGGCUUCCUCACCUCUGCGUUUUCCAGUGGUAGUUUCAUUCCAGUAGACUCUCCUUUUCCAGUGGCAAAGAUGACCCCGACAGUUCCAAGCUUGUGUCCCUUAAGUUUAGCAGCUGAAAGAAAAGUCCUCAAACCCAGGUUCAGGCAAAAGUCCUAGGGCAGACGCUCAUUGGCCAAGGUGUCAUGUGAUCCCUGAACCAAUCACUGAGACUCUCAUGAUUGACCUGGAGCACUUGCUCUUGCCCGGAACAGACCUGGACUUGGAGGAGGUCCCCCAAAGGAUGGUCAAGGUGUGAGCAGAAG